GCUUCUGCUCAGUAGCCGGCGCCGAGUUCGCUCACUCUCAGUCUGUUCCGCCGCUCCGGCCAGUUCUUUUGACUCUCACUCUUUUAAGCUCUCACACUCACUUCGUCACUCUCUCAAUCUCUCAUUCAGUUUGACUCAAAGAUCUGAUCAACAGAAAACAUGGCAGGGAGUUUUUGAAGAAUCUUGCUGGUGAAUAACUUGGGUGCAGUAAACAUCAAUUUGAAAUGGGUGUUAAUUUGGAUGCUCUAGACUCAUUUCGUCAGUCACUUGUUGCUCAAUCUCAAUUCAAGAAAAGAAAAGUAAUUUUGGAUAGCGAUGAUGAUUCUUCAGCUUGUUCAGUAUCAUGUGAGAUCGAAACUUCCCUGCCUACUCUGCAAGCUUCUGAUUAUUUCAUGGAACCUUGUUUGAGUGAAUUGGCCAUGAGGGAACUCAUGGAUCCAGGUCAUUGCAGCAGGGUUCAAAACUUUACAGUUGGUAGAUAUGGUUACGGAACUGUUAGGUUCUUGGGGGAAACUGAUGUCAGAUGGUUAGAUUUAGACCAGAUUAUCAAGUUCAGGAGGCAUGAGAUUGUUGUGUAUGAAGAUGAAGCUGCCAAGCCUGUGGUUGGUAAGGGACUUAACAAGGCUGCUGAAGUAACUUUAGUGCUACAAAUAAACUCAGCGAAAUUCAGCAGAGAAGGUCAAGUAAUAGAGAAGCUGCGGCUAAGUGCAGAAAGGCAAGGAGCAAAGUUUAUUUCUUUUGACCCAAACCAAAGAGAAUGGAAAUUCUCUGUUCACCAUUUUAGCAGGUUUGGUCUGAGUGAUGAUGAAGAGGAAGAUGUUGCAAUGGAUGAUGUGGAUGCAGAGGUUCAAGAACCAGUUACGAAUAAUGAUAGUGAUGGUUCUGAUCUUGAUGAAGAGCGUGCCUUAGUGGAUCCACGUCUACUUUCCCAUUCCCUUCCUUCACAUCUUGGUCUUGAUCCUGUUAGAAUGAAGGAAAUGAGAAUGAUGAUGUUUCCUGCUGAGGAGGAAGAAGAGGAUGAGGAAUUAGACGGAAGAUUUUCACACCAUAGGCUGCCGUUUGGUAAGGAACAUAUGAAAUCUCCGAUACAGCACGCUUCUAGCAAAACAGUGCAAAGAUCCAGCCCCCCAGCAAUUCGGAAAACUCCACUAGCUUUGCUUGAGUACAAGCCGGGCAGUUUUGCUUCAAGCCCUAAUGGGUCUAUUUUAAUGACCCAACAAAACAAAGGCCUUCCUUUGACAAUAACAAAGGUUCAAGGAUUUAAGCUGGAACUGAAGGAAACACCAGUAACAGGAAGCCAUUCUCGGAACAUAGUUGAUGCAGCAUUGUUCAUGGGAAGGUCAUUUGCUAUAGCCUGGGGUCCAAAUGAUCUUCUUCUUCAUUGUGGUUCUACUGCUGGCAAUAGUCUUCAGAAGCGGGAAUUGUCUUCUACUAUAAAUUUAGAAAAAGUUGCAAUUGAUAAUGUCAUAAGAGAUGAAAAUAACAAAGUACGGGAGGAACUUAUUGAUUUGUGUUUUGAUUCUCCACUAAACUUUCAUAAAGAACUAAAUCACGAAACAAAGGAAGUUGUAGUUGAUUCAUAUAAGAUAAAGGUUCAGAAGCUUGUCUGUGACCGCUUGACACUUUCACGUGUAUGCCGGAGCUAUAUAGGAAUUAUUGAGAAGCAAUUGGAGGUACCUGGAUUAUCUUCUUCGGCUCGUGUGGUGUUAAUGCACCAAGUGCUUGUUUGGGAACUGAUAAAGGUUCUUUUCUCCUUGAGGGAAACGAGUGAGCAAUCAAAUUCUGUGGGGCAUAACCAUGAGGAGUACAUGCUGAACAAUUCCAAGGAAAGUUCAUUAGAUGCUGAUGAUGAAGCACUCCCUUUGAUCCGAAGAGCAGAAUUUAGUUACUGGUUGCAAGAGAGUGUCUGCCACCGUGUACAAGAUGAAAUAAGUUCCUUGAAUGAUUCAAGUGAUCUGCAACACUUGUUUUUGCUCCUAACUGGUCGACAACUUGAUGCAGCUGUAGAACUGUCUGCUUCUAGGGGAGAUGUGAGACUUGCUUGUCUGCUGAGCCAAGCUGGUGGGUCCACCGUCAAUCGUACUGAUAUUGAUCGACAACUUAAUCUUUGGAAAACCAAUGGUCUAGAUUUCAAUUUUAUCGAGAAAGACAGAAUAAGGCUUUUGGAGUUGCUUGCUGGUAAUAUUCAUCAAGCUUUGGGUGGCAUGAAUAUUGACUGGAAAAGGUUUUUAGGAUUGUUGAUGUGGUACCAGCUUCCACCCGAUUCUGAUUUGACCUCCAUUUUCCAAAGCUAUCAGCGCCUUCUUGAAGAUGGAAGGGCCCCAUAUCCAGUUCCUGUUUACAUAGAUGAAGGGUUGGUAGAAGAUGGUGUAAGUUGGAGCCCUGGUGACCGUUUCGAUCUUGCAUAUUAUCUUAUGCUUCUUCAUGCUAGAGAAGAAAAAGAAUCUAGUAUCUUGAAGACCAUGUUUAGUGCAUUUGCUUCAACUCAUGAUCCACUUGAUCACCAUAUGAUUUGGCAUCAGCGUGCAGUGUUAGAAGCAGUUGGCACAUUUAGUUCUGAUGAUCUUCAUGUUCUUGACAUGGGACUUGUUUCCCAAUUGCUAUGCUUAGGACACUGCCAUUGGGCCAUCUACAUUGUGCUCCACAUGCCAUAUCGUGAUGAUUAUCCGUAUCUGCAAGCUCGUGUUAUCAGGGAAAUAUUGUUCCGGUAUUGUGAAACGUGGAGUGCUCAAGAGAAACAACGCCAGUUUAUUGAGGAAUUGGGUGUUCCAUCAGCUUGGUUGCAUGAGGCCUUGGCCGUAUAUCAUGCUUACUACAGAGAUUCUUCUAAGGCCCUUGAACACUAUCUUGGAUGUGCCUUUUGGCAAAAAGCACAUUCAACCUUCAUAUCUUCGGUUGCCCAUUCUUUGUUCUUGUCAGGCAAACACUCAGAGAUAUGGACGCUUGCAACUUCUAUGGAAGACCAUAAAUCCGAAAUUGAGAAUUGGGACUUGGGAGCUGGAAUUUAUAUAUCGUUUUAUACACUUAGAAGUUCUUUGGAGGAUGAUGAUGAUACAAUGACCGAACUGGCUUCUCUUGAGAACAAAAAUGAUGCAUGUAGAGACUUCUUUAGUCGCUUGAAAGGGUCUUUGGCAGUCUGGGAAAGCUGCUUGCCUAUUGAUGCCAGAAUGGUGUAUGCAAAGAUGGCAGAGGAGAUUAGUGAUCUACUUGUAGCCGAUUCUGGCGAAGGGUCGACCACCGAGGUUAAGCUAAGCUGUUUCGACACCAUAUUCGAGUCUCCCAUCCCUGAAGACCUUCUUUCAUGCCACUUACAGUCCGCGAUAUCGCAUUUUACCUUGCAUCUUAUGGAAUCGGCCUCGUAACAUAACAUAAACUCAUCUUCAGCAAAACCGAAUAUUUGCCUACAAGAACAAAAAAGGCUCUUUCAUCUUGUAUUGUUUGUGUAAACACCAUUUGUGAGCCAAAUUUUUGUAAUUAAUGCUUGUAAUGAGGAAUUUACAAGGACGGUAAACUCGUAUUUGUGUUCGACUCAUAUAUGUGUGAUACGGAACUGAUAUAUGCGUUUGCA